GGAGCCGUGUAGAUAAAAACCGUGUGAUGGACACGUGAGUCCCGUCCCCCCUCGGCCCGGAGGGUCGCAAGUGGUGCUGCUGCGGGUUUCUGCUGGUCGUCCAUGGUGACACGACCGGGAAUAGGGGGGGGAUUGUUAUGAGCGACUCCUGAGAGAAUUUUGAUUAAUUAGUGUUCUUUUCUAAUGGCUUUUAGUUAAACUUCUUUUAGUUUAAAUACUUUUUUGCUGAGAAGGCUUAAUCAGGACAAACUAGCAAGUCUUGCUCCCUCAGGAUAGUGAGGCUUGUGCCUGUGGCGUGGAAAGAAUUUAUUCGGAAGAGAGGGAAAAACGGUGAGGGCUCCUCUUCCACUUUUGCGGCCUGAACCCAGAAAGUAGAAGGCUUAAGAAACAAGUUUUCUGACACUGUUAUUUGAAGUGGCUUCAGAUUGCAGAACUUCACGUGAUUUAGUCGUGCACGGCAACAUUUUCUAAGUUACUGUCUAGUUACAGUGAUUAACUGCAACUUUUGCCUGAAAGGCUCCUUCCUAAGGCUGGUUGAGAGGUCUCGGGUGCUGCAGUUUUACCCAUUCUUCCUAAUUUCCUCUUGCAAUGUACUGCCUCUCUUCUCUGGGCAUGCUCUUUGGUCUCCAGCACUGUGUGGCUUGGUCCAGUUCUUGGAAAUCUUUUUGCUUGUCUCAUCCAUAGCACGUGCUGUUAAUGUCUUGUCCCUGGAUAGUUGUUUCCUUGAAGCUUUAGCACUAACCACACUGUUCACAUGUGCUGCUUACAAGUACUUGGCCACCCAUCCAACUGAAGCCUGUUUGGAAACUGGAGCUGCUCAAGGUCCCAGCCACAGAGAGCGUGUUCCUUUGGAGGGUUUAUUUCAUGGUGGAGCAAAUGUUUGUCAGAUUUGAAAGGAGUCUCAGUGCUGACAGCUGGAGUACAAAGAGUGAGGAGUCAAAGCGAGCAAGCGUUAAACUUUGGAAUAACUUGUGACAUCUGAAGUGCCAGAUUUGUUCCCAGUGGACAAGCCAUUCGUGAAGUCACCUUGCAUUAAAGAUGCUUCCUGAAGGAGCUGGAUGAAUUCUGCAGUGGGGAAAGGAAUUCUGAAAUCUGAGGUCAGCGGAGGCCAGUAAGGACAAGCUACCAAGGAUGAUGAACUGGCCCUGCAAAGGUUCAGGUGCAAGUCCAUCCUAAGCUUUCCUCUACUGAAGAUGCAUUGCAGUAUGUGGAGGAGUUAAUUCUUCAGUUGUUGAAUAUGUUGUGUCAAGCUCAACCAAGAAGUUUUCUGGAUGUAGAGGAUCGUGUUCAAAAAAGUUUCCCCCAUCCUAUUGAUAAGUGGGCAAUAGCUGAUGCCCAGUCUGCUAUUGAGAAGAGGAAACGAAGGAAUCCGUUAUCUCUUCCAGUAGAAAAAAUCCAUCCCUUGUUAAAGGAAGUUCUAGGCUACAAAAUUGACCACCAAGUGUCUGUUUACAUAGUAGCAGUAUUAGAAUACAUUGCUGCAGACAUCCUAAAACUGGUUGGCAAUUAUGUGCGGAAUAUAAGACAUUAUGAGAUUACAAAACAAGAUAUUAAAGUAGCAAUGUGUGCUGAUAAGGUAUUAAUGGAUAUGUUCCAUCAAGAUGUAGAAGAUUUAAGUGCACUAACUUUAUCUGAUGAAGAACCCUCCACCUCAGGAGAGCAAACCUAUUAUGACCUAGUGAAGUCAUUUAUGGCAGAAAUUCGGCAAUAUAUAAGAGAACUGAAUCUCAUUAUCAGAGUUUUUAGAGAGCCAUAUGCCUCCAACUCCAAACUGUUUUCAUCUCAUGAUGUGGAAAACAUAUUUAGUCGUAUAUCAGACAUCCAUGAACUUAGUGUGAAGUUACUAGGUCAUAUAGAGGACACUGUUGAAAUGACAGAUGAAGGUAGUCCACACCCACUAGUAGGCAGCUGUUUUGAAGAUAUGGCAGAGGAACUUGCAUUUGAUCCAUACGAAUCAUAUGCACAAGAUAUUUUGCGACCUGGGUUUCAUGAUCAUUUUCUAAGUCAAUUGUCAAAGCCAGGAGCAGCAUUUUAUUUACAGUCGAUAGGUGAAGGCUUUAAAGAAGCUGUUCAGUAUGUUCUACCCCGGCUCCUUCUUGCCCCUGUUUACCACUGUCUUCAUUAUUUUGAACUGCUAAAACAAUUGGAAGAAAAAAGUGAGGACGAGGAGGAUAAGGAGUGCUUGAAGCAAGCAAUAACUGCCCUGCUAAAUCUUCAAAGCAGUAUGGAACGGAUAUGCUCCAAAAGCCUUGCAAAACGAAGGCUUAGUGAAUCCGCAUGCCGGUUCUAUACUCAGCAGAUGAAGGGGAAGCAGCUAGCAAUUAAGAAAAUGAAUGAAAUCCAGAAAAAUAUUGAUGGUUGGGAGGGUAAAGACAUUGGACAGUGCUGCAACGAGUUCAUCAUGGAAGGAACACUCACACGUGUAGGAGCAAAGCACGAGAGACACAUAUUCCUGUUUGAUGGCUUGAUGAUCUGCUGUAAGUCAAAUCAUGGCCAGCCAAGACUUCCUGGUGCUAGCAAUGCAGAAUAUCGACUCAAGGAAAAGUUCUUCAUGCGAAAGGUACAAAUCAAUGAUAAAGAUGACACUAAUGAGUAUAGACAUGCUUUUGAAAUUAUCUUAAAAGAUGAGAACAGUGUUAUUUUUGCUGCUAAAUCAGCUGAAGAGAAAAACAACUGGAUGGCAGCAUUGAUAUCUUUGCAAUAUAGAAGCACGCUGGAAAGAAUGUUGGAUGUAACAAUGUUGCAGGAAGAAAAAGAAGAGCAGAUGAGAUUUCCAAAUCCUGAGCUUUAUAGAUUUGCAGAACCUGACUCUGAAGAGAAUAUUGUGUUUGAAGAAAGUAUGCAGCCCAAAUCUGGAAUCCCCAUCAUCAAGGCAGGAACUGUUGUGAAGCUCAUCGAGAGGCUGACUUACCACAUGUAUGCAGAUCCCAACUUUGUUCGGACUUUUCUCACAACAUAUAGAUCCUUCUGUAGACCUCAAGAGUUGCUGAGUUUGCUAAUAGAAAGAUUUGAAAUUCCAGAACCUGAGCCAACGGAAGCCGACCGUAUUGCCAUGGAGAACGGAGACCAACCCCUCAGUGCAGAGCUUAAAAGAUUUAGGAAAGAGUACAUUCAACCUGUGCAGCUACGAGUAUUAAAUGUGUGUCGACACUGGGUAGAGCACCAUUUCUAUGACUUUGAAAGAGAUGCUGACCUUCUGAAACGUUUGGAAGAGUUCAUUGGAACAGUAAGAGGCAAAGCCAUGAAGAAGUGGGUUGAAUCCAUCACAAAGAUAAUCAACAGGAAAAAGCAGGCACAAGCCAUUGGGCCGAGCCACAACAUCACUUUUGAGAGCCCCCCUCCAGCAAUUGAGUGGCACAUAAGCAAACCAGGCCACACAGAGACUUUUGACUUGCUCACUUUACAUCCCAUAGAAAUUGCUCGGCAGCUCACUCUACUGGAGUCAGAUUUUUACAGAGCUGUGCAGCCAUCGGAACUAGUUGGAAGUGUGUGGACAAAGGAAGAUAAAGAAAUUAAUUCUCCCAACCUUCUCAAAAUGAUAAGGCAUACAACUAACCUAACUCUGUGGUUUGAAAAAUGCAUUGUAGAAACAGAAAACCUAGAGGAAAGAGUAAUUGUAGUGAGCCGGAUAAUUGAGAUCCUGCAAGUUUUUCAAGAGCUAAACAACUUUAAUGGUGUCCUUGAGAUUGUCAGUGCUAUGAACUCCGCAGCAGUUUAUAGGUUGGAUCAUACAUUUGAGCAAAUUCCAAGUCGCCAGAAGAAGAUCUUGGAAGAAGCUUAUGAGCUGAGUGAGGACCAUUAUAAGAAAUAUUUGGCAAAACUCAGGUCCAUUAAUCCUCCUUGUGUGCCUUUUUUUGGGAUUUACUUAACCAACAUUUUGAAAACAGAAGAAGGCAAUCCUGAAUUUCUCAAGCGACAUGGGAAAGACCUUAUAAACUUCAGCAAGAGAAGGAAGGUAGCUGAGAUAACAGGGGAGAUCCAGCAGUACCAGAACCAGCCAUAUUGUCUAAGAGUGGAAUUUGACAUCAGGAGAUUUUUUGAAAACCUGAAUCCAAUGGGAAACAGCAUGGAGACAGAAUUUACAGAUUAUCUGUUCAACAAGUCACUGGAGAUAGAGCCACGGAAUGUCAAGCCUCCUCCAAGAUUUCCCAAGAAGUACAGCUACCCUCUCAAGUCCCCAGGUGUUCGUCCCUCUAAUCCAAGGCCAGGUACCAUGAGACAUCCCACACCCCUGCAGCAGGAGCCAAGGAAAAUCAGCUACAGCCGCAUCCCAGAGAGCGAGACAGAAGCCACAGCGUCUGCCCCAAACUCGCCCCGGACCCCGCUGACCCCACCCCCUGCUUCUGCCACUUCCAGCACCACCGACGCCUGCAGCGUGUUUGACUCAGACCCCUCCAGUCCUUUCCAUACAAGAUCUGCUUCUGUGUCAUCCAUAAACUUUGCGAAAACUUUAGAUGAUGCUCCUGUCCCUCCUCCUGUUCCUCCACGAAGAAGACCAGAAUCUGCCCCAGCUGAAUCCUCCCCAUCAAAAAUUACUUCUGCACACCAGGACAACCCACCAGCAAUCCCUCCUAGGCAGCCAACCUCUAAAGUGUAUUCUCCAAGGUACUCAGUGCCUGAUCGGACCUGCGUCUCUGACUCCUGUGUUAUCACUGCAAACCCUCCCGAGUUACCGCCACGGGAACCUGUGCGAACUCCGGAUGUUUUCUCUAGCUCACCACUACACCUCCAGCCCCCACCCCUGGGGAGAAAAAGUGAACUUGGUAACACGUUUUUCCCAAACAGCCCCUGUCCAUUCACACCCCCUCCCCCCCAGACACCUUCUCCACAUGUAGCACGGAGGCACCUGCCAUCACCACCUUUGAUACCACAGGAUGUGGACCUCCCUUCUGUUGCUGGACCACCUGUUCCUCCACGACAAAGCAUUUCUCAACAUAUCCCAAAGCUUCCUCCAAAAACUUACAAAAGGGAGCACACGCACCCGUCGAUGCAUCGAGAUGGGCCACCCUUGCUGGAGAAUGCCCCCUCCUCCUGAACUGUCCCUCGCGCUGGGAGUCACAUUGUCCUGGUGCUAUGUCUGUUGCUGGCAAUGGAUGCACCGAACCUGGUGGUGUCAAGGAAUUGGGAUGUGUUUGCCAAACACUAAGAACUCUCUGAUGUGUUGGAAAUGUAGUAUACAGAAAUGGAAUUGCAGAGACAGACUUUCUAGUGGUUAACUUGCUAUUCUUGUUUUAGUAUGCAGGACACUGUUCUAAAGUAAUUGGACAGCUGAUUGUACCAGAAAACAGUCUGGAGAGACUUCUUUGGCCAUUGAGCAGAAACUGCGUUUGUACAAUAAUCAAUCAUGUCCAGUACAGGAAGGAAAAACAGUCUUGUAUCCAUCAGUUCCGUACAGUGGCACAGUUUUCGGAAUGAAAACAUUAUGCACUUUUUUUAAAUCUCAAACAGGGAACUUUACAUCCUCCUUAGUUUUCCUUUGCUUUACUUACUCCCUGCUUUAAAAUACCUUCCUAAAAUUAUGAGAAGGACUGUGAGGAAGAUCUGUGGUACCUAACCGAGCUAGAAUUAAGGCAAAGCAUUGCAUUGCGGUCCUGUUUACAAGUUGUUACAAUGAGGAGUAGGGGGUACCUAGGCUUCACCAAAGAGGUACUUUAUUAUUAUUUUCUGAAAUACUGUGGUGCCAGUUCAAAAAUAAAUUUUUGCCAGGAAGCAUAAUGCCUAAUUAUUGCUUUCUUUAGAUAGAGUGGAUGAAAGUCUUACAUGAUCGAGGUGACAGCAAUUUUUUUUUUAAAAGCAGCACCAUCAUCUGAAGCAAAUAUACUACAUUUAGAAGACUGUUAAUUUCUGCUAGGUUAUGUCAUUCUUUUUAAGGUUUACUGAUAGUCCAUUUCAUGGCUACUAGCUAUUCUUUUUCAGUCAUGCCAUGAAAACAGUCACUUGUCAACUUCGAUAGCUAUUGUCAUGUUUUACUAACAACAGAUUAAUCAGCAUACAUAGAAUUGCCUUGCGGUUGCAUAAAUCGUGUGUAUAUAGUGAAUGUUGCAUAAAUAUACUUGCAGAUUGUUUUUAAUUUAAUUGAAAUAAAGAUAAAGAUAUGUUUGGCUGA